AUUGUUUGAUUUUAAAUGCAUAUUUCUUUCUUUUUAGAAUACGUUGGCAACAUCACAUGUGUCAAUAAAACUUGUAGUAAAGGCUAUUGUAUUAUAAAGGAAGAUCAGGAAGUAUGCAUUUGCCCUCCAGGGCACACAGAAAAGGAUGGCAAAUGUGUAGAUCUGUGCACAGCCGAUAUGCUGCCCGAAGGUUUUUGCCCUUAUGACCGCUGCGAGUCUGUUGACAAAGGAUUUAGGUGCAAGUGUGAAGGGAAAUAUGUUCUCUCUGAAGACAAAGUAACAUGUACAGUAAGGAAAAUAUGUCAUAAAUAUGAGACGGGAUGGUCCACGUGUGCGAAGAGGAAUGCUGCUUGCAUCGAGGAUAUAACAGCUCCUGAAGGAUAUCACUGUCAGUGUCUUGAAGGAUAUGCGGAAGCAGAUCAAGGAAUAUGUCAAAAUAUCUGUAGCUUCGACGAAAACCAGCGUGAAUGCUCCGUUUUAGGAGCUACAUGUGAAAUUAAAGAAGGUGGUGAAAAAGCAUGUAAAUGUCCGCCUUAUUUUCAGAGAAGUAAAAAUGGAACUGCUUGCAACAGAUUAGCUGAUGUGUCAUAUCUGGUGACCUUACCACUCGAUGCUACCACUUAUCGGAAACAAAAUCUUUUAAUACCCAGGCAAAAACGAGCUUUGGAUGAUCCUUCAAGAAUCAGUUAUCAUCAAAUUCAGAUUGAUGUUCAAGAAUCUAUAGGGAAACUAUUUUCUGAAUUCCAUCAAGCAAAUAUUUUGAAUUGCAUACUAAAUUCAGAAUUUAUUUUAUGCAAAGUGGAGUUGCAGUUUAUGGAAAUAUCAGAAGUAGAACUGAAUAGAGUUAAAAUCAGUGAAAUAUGCCAGUCUGACAGUUCGAAUGUAAACUGCCUUCUUCCACCUUCAUUAGUCCUAAGGAAAGACCAGAUUAAGAAAUUAGUGACUAUACAGAAGACUAAUCCUUGCGAUAAAGAUAUCAAAGAAGACCUUUGUGGAUCAGAAACUACUUGUUGGAGCCAGGAGAGCAAAACCUUUUUCAGCUGUACUUGCAAAACUGGGUUUACUGCAAGAAGCAAGAUUUAUCCAGUUGAUGACUCCGAAACCUUCAUUGAAAUCUGUAAAGAUGUUGAUGAAUGUAUAGAGAAAUCCAUGCCCAGCACACGCACAGUGUACAAAUACAAUAGGCAGUUACCUUUGCUCAUGCUCACCUGGAUACAGAGUCAACAUAGAUUCUAAUCAAGAAUCUUGUGUUGAAAUAUGCAGUCCAAAUCCUUGUGUGCAUGGCCACUGUACAGAAAAUGGCGAUCACGGCUUUGAAUGUCGAUGUGAUGCCGGUUUCAGUGGUGCUAUGUGCAACUUGCAAGACGAAAACUUCAAAA